AUGGCCUCCUUUUCUGAGUAUGGUGGUGUGGCUCCUGAGUGGGCAGCUUUGAUUGCCACCCAACCAGAGUCUGAUUUCUCCCAAGAUCUGUCUGCCCGGGAGUUACGCUGCCUGACGAACAAUCAAAGAGAAGAGGCCGCACGCAGAUACAUACAGACAAUAGUGCAAGAUGAUGUGUCUUUUCAGGAUUUCAGUUGCGAGGUCAGUGAUGGAUCACGCAUCCCCUUGCGAGUAUAUAAGCCCAAAUCUGGCCCAGUGGGAGAGUCAUUACCAUUGUAUGUAUGGUAUCAUGGUGGGGGCUUUCUCUUUGGUAGUCUAGCCUCAGAGGAUGCUUUCUGCUUCUCCAUAGUCCGAGCAUUGAAGACUAUUGUGGUCAAUAAUCGCAGUGGCCGGUGCAGGCGAAUGAUGCAUACGCAGGACUCCAGUGGGUUUUCGAUAAUAUCGAUACGCUUGGGGGGGGAUUCUCAGAGAAUCAUUCUCGCAGGAGCAUCUGCCGGAGCUCUUCUAGCUGUAGGCGUCACAUUGAGAAGCCGAGAAGGGGUGAGCUAUCAAAAUUCUGGAAGACAGAUCAUCACUGAUAUAUUUGUGAAUCAGCAGCAGCAACCCAGAAUACGGGCGCUGAUUUUGGAUAUUCCAGUACUUUGCCAUACCGCCAACUUUCCGCAUGAGUUGAUUUCUGCUGGAAGGUCCUCUUAUUAUGAGAACAAAGACGCUCCAAUUCUUCCUGCAUCCCGCAUGAAGCUAUUUGAAGACUUGCUGGGCAAAAAUGCACUUGAAGAUCCCGAAUAUAACCUGCUUCUCAAGGUAGACGACGACUUGAAAGGCCUACCACCGACACACUUCCACAUCGCGGGGAGAGAUAUCCUUCGCGACCAGGCUUUUUUGUUUAUGCAAAAGCUUGAUCGGAAUAGGAUCCCGACCAGUAUGAACGUCUACCCCGGCCUCCCGCAUGGAUUUAGAAGGUACAGAGAUCUGAAAGCAACUCAACAGUGGUUUAAAGACCACGUGGCAGCCGCGGAAAAAUUACUGGAAGCGGUCUAG